GAAAAUGUUGUGAUCAGCAAAAAUAUCUAGAAGGAGAAACCAAACGCUAAUUAAAAGUCUAGGAUUAUCAUCCUAAUCAAAUUUCCUCUAUAAUCCUCAAUUUGCCAAUAAAAAAGUAGCCGUUGGAAAAAUCUUUCCAAAGCUACACCAAUUUCCCUCAAUACAAAUAGCGUGCGUAUCUUUACCUUUUCAAAAGCUAACUCACAACAAUCUUUUCUAAGAUUUUCUUCCUCCGAAAAGAUUGAAAAAAAAUCUAUUAGGGUGAGAUUUUGAUCCUUCUCUAGAUUUUGAAUCAUGAUUUCUUAUUGUGCAGCUUGCAAGUAUCUGAGAAGAAGAUGUCCUUCCGAUUGCAUCUUCUCUUCGUAUUUUCCUGCAAACAAUCCUCAAAGAUUUGCUUCUGUUCAUAGGAUCUAUGGUGCCAGCAAUGUUUCCAAAAUGCUCCAGCAACUACCAGACCAUCUGAGAGCUGAAGCAGCAUAUACUUUGUGUUAUGAAGCUGAAUGUAGAAUACAAGAUUCAGUUUAUGGUUGUGUUAAGACUAUUUUUCAAUUGCAUCAAGAAAUUCACAACGCAAAAUACCAAUUAGCUAAAACACGAGUUGCGAUCGUCCUCACAAACUCUCGCAGAGGAGGAGGAGGACAAGAAAAUCAAGUGAAUCAAAUGCAAGAAGUUCAGUCCAACUUAAAUUUCUUUCCGGACCAAACCCAUGUUGAGGCAACCCAAUUUGGUUCUUCCUCCAAAGCUCCUUGGUUUAGUUGAUUCUUUACUGUUUGCAAAAGAAUAAAAAGGUUAACAAAAUAGUGAAAUUCAUUCUGAUUCA